AUGGAUAUAAAUACACUCGUCAGUUUGGGGUGGAGCCUCAAGGACGAAUUGUGGAGAGACCUGGAGUCUGCUCAAGGCGAAACAUUACUGCAGGAUGCUGCGCUGAACAUCGAUCUGAGAAAGGCAGGAAAAGCUGCGCUGCCGGAUGACAUUUCUAAGUCAGAUGCCAGGCUCAUCAAGGGACCGCACGUCCUGCAGAUUGUAGCAUGUGAUGACGUGGCGCAUCCAUCCCGGGGUGUAUCAGGCAGCCCCAAAGGCAGGAUGCUGCGGCUGAAGCUGACAGAUGGCAAGACAACCUGCAAGGCUGUGGAGAUGAGGCCGCUGCCAGAUAUGUCAAUUGAGGAGUUGCCUCCUGGUACCAAGGUCUGCAUCUCAAAUGCCUCUGUAAAGGCGGGGCUGCUGCUCUUGGAUUCCAAAUCCGUCAAGGUGCUGGGAGGCAGGGUGGAGGAGUUGUACGAGGCCUGGGAGUUCCAGCGCAAGUACGGCGCUGGGGCGGCCCGGCCGGCGGCCGACGCGGCCGGCGCGGCCGACUCGGAGCGGCCGCCGCCGUUCCAAACAUACGUCCCCGGCAAGACGCGCGCGCCGCGGCGGCCAGCCGCCGCACCUGGCUUGGCCGGCCCCGACGUGCACGCUGUGCCUGCUGCGCCGGCUGCCGUUGCAGCGCAGCGCGACGGUGGAGCCGCCGCGGGCCGGCCGCCCGGCAUCGCACCUCCCCCGGGAUUUAACCUGAUCCCGGACAGACUGCGCUUCGAGCGAAAUGCCGCACCGGCAGCCGUCAGGGGGCCUUCGUCUGAUCCGGUCAGCGCUAGGCAAGGGGAGCUGGGAUCGUUGGGCGAGGUGGCGGCUGCGGAGGCGCUGCCAAGCCGGGCCGGGCCGUCAGCGGCAGCCAAGGCGAAGCUGCAGGAGCGGUUGGCAGCUUCUGAGGAGGUGUCGCGAGGCAGAGGCGGACAGAGGGGGCGGGGUCGCAGGCGAGGCAGGUUCCAUGAUGAAGAGGAGGAGUCUGGCAUGACACUGGAUGAGUGGGAAGCGCAGCAGAGGAGCAAAGCUGCUGGUGGCAGGGGCGUUUCGCAGGCCGGUGGUUCACAGGGGCAGGUGCUAUCAGAUGAGGAGCUGGCUCGGCAGCUGCAGCGGCAGCUGGAUAUGGAAGACUCCCUCCAGCAAGACCAGUACUUCGUGCAGCAGCCUCGGAGCGCGGUUGAUGACCUGAAGGCAAGCCUGUUUGCUUAUGAGCGGCCGGAUGAAGACUCAGGAUACAGGGGCAGAGGCAGGAGGGGCAGGAGGAGGGGCGGAUGACAUAUGCCAUCAAAGCCAGUUGCACAAGGAACAAUGCUGCAUUACAUUAUAGUUCGAUUGUCCUAUUAUGGAGACCUUAUAAUGGCCCAUCUGCUGCAGGCUCGGAAGACCAUGCAUGUUAUUGUUGCCAAACUAUCCCAGAUAGGGCCUCCCCAGCAUAUAUAUUGGAGACAAUAUCGGAACAAUCCCACCUAAGUUGGCUGGAAGCGCUGUAAAUGGCAUCACCUC